AUGGCUGCUCCCGGCCCAGCGCUCUGCCUCUUCGACGUGGACGGGACCCUGACGGCCCCGCGGCAGAAAAUUACCAAAGACAUGGAUUGCUUUCUGCAAAAACUGAGGCAGAAGAUCAAAAUUGGCGUUGUCGGUGGGUCAGACUUUGAGAAAGUACAGGAGCAACUGGGAGAUGACGUUAUUAAAAAAUAUGAUUACGUGUUUCCAGAAAAUGGCUUGGUAGCAUACAGAGAUGGGAAACUCUUGUGUAAACAGAAUAUUCAAGGUCACCUGGGUGAAGCCCUAAUCCAGGAUUUAAUCAACUACUGUCUGAGCUACAUCGCGAAAAUCAAGCUCCCGAAGAAGAGGGGCACUUUCAUAGAGUUCCGUAAUGGGAUGCUGAACGUGUCGCCAAUCGGAAGAAGCUGCAGCCAGGAAGAACGCAUUGAGUUCUACGAGCUCGAUCAGAAAGAAAAGAUAAGACAAAAGUUCGUGGAGGACCUGCGAGAAGAGUUUGCGGGGAAAGGCCUCACGUUUUCCAUAGGAGGCCAGAUCAGCUUCGACGUCUUCCCCGACGGCUGGGACAAGAGGUACUGCCUGGGACACGUGGAGAAGGAUGGCUAUAAGACCAUCUAUUUCUUUGGCGACAAAACCAUGCCAGGCGGGAAUGACCACGAGAUCUUCACAGACCCCAGGACGGUGGGCUACACGGUGACGGCGCCCGAGGACACGCGCAGGAUAUGCGAGGAGCUCUUCUGCUGA